AUGUCACAGUAUAAAUCUACAUCGGAAAAUGAUACUGGAGCAGUAGAAGGAAGUACUGGAUCUGGGGGGUCACUUUCAAACAUUCCACCACACUCGGUGUCCCCAAAUAGUGUACCACCAGAAGAUAGAGAAGCAACUCAAUUGGAGCUGCAACCAUUGUUAGACCCAGAUGACCCACAAGUGUCUCCAUUGAAGUUAGAAAAGAUUAGAAUAUUGAAAUUAAUUGUACACACGUUGGUGUAUGUGAAUAUGGUAUUAUUCAUAGUAUUAUUAGUAAGUCAGUUUUUUGCCCUUCCGGGGUUUAACAACCGGGGUAAAUCCUUCUUUGGGUUGAGUUUGACAAUCAUUUGUAUCAUGGUCAACUCGAUUAACAAUUGGUUUUUUGUUGUUCCGGCAUAUUAUGAAAGAAUAUUAGGAUAUAUUGUAUCUGGUCUCUUAUUUAUUGAUUUGAUUGUAUCGUUAUUGGUAUCUCCUAUUAGAGAAAAAAUGGGAUUUUUAGAUAUCUCUCUUGUUGCUUGGACCUGUUUGAAUGCAUUAUUCAAUUCAUUAUUAGAUUAUUGGGUUGAAGAAGGGAAGCAUUACCAAGAAAUUCGAUUAACUGGUAGAAUUGAAAAGAGAAAAACAGUUUAUGAAUUGUUUGUGAUCCUAGUCAAGGUUGUCUUUGAAGUAUUCAUUUUGUGGGUUGUUUGGUGUAUCAGUUUGUCAUUAUGGUUGCAAAGUUUUGACACUCAUGAAAAGCCAUGGGGUAAAUUAGUUCCUGUCAAUAAUAACCAAUUUCGAGUUCACGUUGCUUGUUUUGGAGAUGUUCACGGAAAAUCAGAUCAACCAAUUGUGCUUGUUGAAGGUGGUCAAUUAACCUCCAGUGAGGUAUUUCAAGAAUGGAUUGAAGAGUUGCAUCAUUUGGAUAAAGUGGAAAGGUAUUGUAUUUGGGAUCGUCCAGGGUAUGCAUUUUCCGAUUCUGCCCCGCCACCAGAGUCUCUUGGUAUUGUCACUGAAUAUUUGAUUGAAGCUUUAAAGAAAGAGAAAAUUGAAGGUCCGUUUGCUGUUGUUGGGUUUGAUAUUGGUGGACUAUAUGCGAGAAUGUUUGCUAGUAGAAAUAGGGCAAAGAUUCAUUCUGUAUUAUUUGUCGAUAGUUGGUCACCUGACUUGCUCAAGAAAUGGCCGUUUAGUGGUAGUGGACGAAAGAAUGAAAACACAAAUGUUUUCAAGAAUUCAUUAGAGGUUAUGGAUAACAUCACGGGUCUUUCGUUGUGGUUAAGAGGAUUGAUAUCUCCUUUGGGUAUUGUACCGAGUUUGCAUUGGUUUUUACACCCGAUGAAAUUUUCAAGUAAAAGUAGAAUAUUUGGAAGAGACAUGGUUCACCUGUCGCGAUACUUACGAGCCCGAUGUGAAGAGCAGUUGGUAUCUGGUAUAUUAUCGUACAAUGAAGUGAUGGAUGCAGAUAUUGAUGGGUUAAUGAUUGGUGUAAUAUCCUCUGAUUUUAUGAUUAAAAAACUGUUAAAUUGGGGCAAAUGGCAACGGGAAAUUACAAAAUUAAGUACUAAAACUGCAGAAUGGGUGAUUGCUGAGAACAGUGAUCAUUUCAUCUGGAGAAGUCCUACUGGAAGAAAACAGUUGCAACAAUUGCUAUUAAGAAUAAUUGGUGAACAAGAGUAUGUGUAG